AUGCAUCGGCAUGUCAACGGCAUCGCUUGGCGUCUAAGGUUCAUACUCAUAAGAUAGAUGGGACAGCUUCUCGAUGCCCCACGACCAUGAACAACUCCACUAGUACACCGUUUCAUCUUAUUGAUGAUAAUACGAGUGUGCUGUUUGCAUUCCAGAGUGCUCAUUAUUUAGAAAUAGCAUGCUUCACACUUCUGGUUUACGAUCUACUGACUACCUUCGGAGAAGAGGUUGAAUAUUUCUGGUCCGGUCCAUGGAGUUUAUCCCGUGUUUUGUUUUUCUUGAACCGAUACCUUCCAUUUGUCGCCAUGAUACCAACGAAUGUUGCACUGUUUGGGACCGGGAUACCAGCUCAGUCGUGCACUCAUUGGAUCCGCGCUGCAUUUGAGCUUUCCAUAUUCGCAAUCUGCGUCAACCAAGGAAUUCUCCUCCUCCGUGUGUGGUACAUGUACUCUCAUAGUGCCAUUGCACGAGCAGUUGCAUGUUUCAGCUAUGCAGCAUGCGUUGUAUCAUCCAUCACAAUGACAGGCUUGAGUCUCCCGUUCCUGCGGUCAACCACGGAAUCUCUGCAGCUUCAGCGGCAGAUAACAACCAUUCCAGGAUGUUCUGCGCCUUCACCAUCGAUAAUAUGGGCAGUUUUCGUUCCAAGUACCAUCAUCCACAUGAUCUUGUUUGGAUUCACGAUCGCACGAAUUCUGAAGGUCUCUCGUGACUUGCGGAUGGAUCAAUUGAUGCAACGUUUGGUACGAGAUGGUGGCCUUGUCUUCUUCGUCUCGAUGGCCUCGGCCACAUUCUCCGUAGUCGGCGCUCGUUUGACCAAAGAUCCUGUCAUCAACGGGCCAGCAACUUGGUCAAACUCACAGCUAGCGAUCAGUGCAGUUGCGGUAUCUCGGCUUAUGCUCAGCAUACACUCCCUCGCUGGGAAGUUGAAAAUCGAUCAAAAUUGGUUAUUCAACCCGUCUGAGCUCAGUAGGGUAAGGUGGUGGGCCGUCUCUGGUGAUUAUGGCAGGAGCAUCGUGGUCGAGAUGGACACACAUGAACCAGUAGCACAAAAGGUAUGAUGUUAGCUGUGACAUAAUAAACGAUAUAAUACCCAUCAAAUAUCACCUCUGAUGACACAAG